CUAUACAAUUGUAGAUACAUAUUUAUGUCACACACUGUGCACAUUUAGUUAUUAACGUAUAGUGUGUCCGCAAUCUGUAUUGCGCUCAGAGUAAAUCUGCCUCCCGCUGCAGUCUUGAGGUUUAGUAAAUCUGUUAUUUUCUUACUUAACUGUCGUGGAUGUAUUUUACUGAAGAAACUACAAUUCCCUAAAGGCUGUAUUUUGGCUCUGUGAGCGGUAUGGCCGGUAUCUCUUAUGCGGCUGCAGUGACCCGGGAGAAGGAUGUGUUUAGAGAAGGGUCUUUUAACCGGGGGGGGCUCCAAAAAACCAGAUGCUCUGCCUGAGAUAAGGAAAUUAGGAAUCCUGCAAAGGGAGAAGUUAAUAUGAAGAUCGAGAAACAAUACUAGGAGAUGGUGAAUGGCACAGCCCGGGUCUUACGCAUCUCAAUGCACGAUCGCCAGCCGCCGGGUUUAGUGGGUAUAAAACAUCUACUGAAGCAUGAUAACCCCCCUGGAGUAGCUGGUACCGUCGUACCAACCUCCUUGGAAGAGACCUGGGGCGAAGUGGCGAGAGAAAGAGCCGCAAACGUGGGAAGCGAUCAGCCCGGUUUACAGCAGUGGGAAAUGCCCCCAGGCCUCCAUGGAUAGAGGCUGCUGACCCCUACGGCUGAAGCCCCAGCACGGAAGGGGUUCAAGCGGGGACAGCUCGACGUCACCUCCUCCUGGAAUCUAGAAGGAGUUGAAAGGAAUUCCACAAGUCAAGAGGUAGAUCUAUCAGCUUAGAUCAGGUGGAACUGAGGAGACAUAGAGGGAGAGACCAGUACAUGGAUAGACGGGAUUCCAGGUAAAUCCAGCCCGGACUGGAUUUGUCUUGGCUAGGGAUAUUGGGACAGAUACUGUGUCCCCAGAGCCCACAUCUGACAUCAGCCUCAAAGGACCUGGAGGGGGCAGUAUGGAGCAGGGGGCUUGGGCCAGGGCCGCCACAGGAGCCGUACGCCGCAUCUCCCGCUUCUGGGUUCUGGUGGGAUCAUUGGUUCUCAUCUUUCUCACCUCACUGCUCUUCUCCCUGCGUGGGGGGGGCAGGCUGUACAUGGACCCCGCCGGCUGGGAGGAGGUACGCCGAGUCAAACUAGUGCCAAGCUAUUCUAGAGGUGUGCAGCCUCAGCAUCUAGAGGGCGCCGCUCUGCGGACCUGUUCCUGCCACCACUGUGUGGGAGACCGGGGGGCAUCCCGCUGGUUUGAUGAGAAUUUUGAUCCUGACAUCUUGCCUGUCUGGACCGAGGAGAACAUCGAAUUGCCAGCCGAUGUUUACUAUUGGUGGGCGAUGCUCCAGCCACAGUUCAAGCCUCACGGCCUUCGACACGUGCUGUCGCGGCUCUUCAGGGUGAUUCCAGGCCACUCCCCCUUUGGACCGCGGCGCCCCUCCCGCUGCCUGCGUUGUGCCGUGGUGGGGAACUCAGGCAACCUACUGGGGGCAGGCUACGGCCACACAAUCGACGGGCACGACUUCGUCAUGAGGAUGAAUUUGGCUCCCACUGCGGGCUAUGAAAAUGAGGCAGGCAGUCGCACCACCCACCACUUCAUGUACCCCGAGAGUGCCCGCAACCUGGAUCCCAACGUCAGCUUCGUACUGGUGCCCUUCAAGACUCUGGACCUCCUAUGGAUCACCAGUGCCCUGUCGACUGGCCACAUCAGCUUCACUUAUGCUCCAGUGAAGCAGUUCCUGCAGGUGGACAAGAACAAGGUCCAGAUCUACAACCCCGCCUUCUUUAAGUACAUCCACGACCGCUGGACCCGACACCACGGCCGCUACCCCUCCACAGGCAUGCUGGUGCUUUUCUACGCUCUACACGUGUGUGACGAGGUGAAUGUGUUUGGCUUUGGCGUGGAUCAAAGAGGGAAUUGGCACCACUACUGGGAGGAGAACCGCUACUCCGGAGAGUUCCGCAGAACAGGUGUCCAUGAUGCUGAUUAUGAGGCUCAAAUCAUCCAGUUACUGGCCAAGGCUGGAAAAAUCACUGUGUUCCCUGGCAGCAGGAAGCUCUAAAUGAUGGUGAUGCUCCUCAUUUAUCCACAGAUGGUCUUAUUACAGAGUUUUUUAAUGUUUAGAUGCAAGGGUAAUAAUAGGCAGACAAACAGAGGAGAACUGCUGAUCUUCUCAGAAACACAUCCUACCAUUGUUGGGUGAACAUGUGCUGAAUUUCACCACUGUGUAACUGCAGCCUUCUGCUGGUUCAUCACAAACAUCUACACCAUUAGAAGGGUAAAAAGAUGAUGGACAUCAGGGGCAGUAGAAGCUUACUGAUACCCAGACAAACAUGGGAGGACACUGUCUUUUAUGCAACUGAUAAACUUUGCCUCCUUGGCUAAUACUGUAACCAGCCAUCAGCGGUGACUGUGCAUCUGAGCCCUGUUACACCCUUGCUGUGCGAGGACAACCUAGCAAAAACUAACAGUGAUAAUAACCAUGUUGAAUUUGACAUCUUUUUACAUCCUUUUUAGCAUGUAUCAUAUUCCCCGUUUAAAAGAUUUCUUUAGGCAGUUAGGUGUUAUUUGUUCCUUGGCUGUCUGUAGAUUAGAGUAGUCCUUUUCUUUAUUUACAUGAAAACAUUCUUAUUGGAUAGUGCUCUGAUCAGCUAUUUGCAGUAGUAAGCACUGAGACAUGUCUGGAUAAACAGAUUUACACUGGUUAUACCAGGAAACAGCAAUAAUUACCUAGCAUACCUUUGAUAUCAAAUCAUGGUUAAACAACUUGGGUUGUUCCCAUUGAGUAACAGGUGUGUGUCUUUUUGUCAGUUUAAUGGGAUGUCAAGAAAUGAUUUUGCCAUUAGUGUUGAAGUGAAGCGUACCAGUGGCAGAUGUCCACCAAUAUUGGCUGUAUCAAAACGUGGUUCCAUCAUGCCCCGAAGUACAAAGACAAAACCUCAGGAGUAACAGCUUCUUUAUGAGAACGACCAUUAUCCUUGAGUCUAAAGUCACAUGCAUGCCUUGGUGCUACUGGUGGCUCCAUGAAGCUCUGAGAAACACAUUUAAACUGCUGCUUUCUGAUGGGUACUGACACUUUUGACAAGGAGCUAAUCAGAUCAGUAUUAUUGGUUUGAUGCAUCCAUGCCAUGUGAGUUUGAAAUCGACCUUCUCUGAGUGAUCGUCCUCAUCAUUGCGCCUGCUGGCAGCACUGAAUUCCCCUGGUGGGGGGGGUUGGCAAGCAAAGAAAAAGUUUUAUUUAUGAUUGUUAAUACAUUUGGCAAAUUUGGUGUUUUUUUAUGCUUGUGUACACUUUUACAGGGUGUCAUAAAUAAGCCACAAAAGUGAAUGACCAGCUGCGUCUGCACAUUAACACACAUCCUAGUGCCUUGAUCUAGUUGGUAUCAUCUCGUCCCACCCUGGGGCUCAAACCUGGUAACAUACCGGCUUUGCUUUGUGCAUCAAGGACCCCCUGUGUGGCAGCUGUCAUUUUACAGCUGCAGCUGGUCACAUGAUUAUUACCACAGUGACCAGUGACUGUGACUCAUAAAUUCCAUUCUGGUUUCUAAGGGGGGGGGGGGGUUCUGGCCAAAAUAAAUCACCCAUGAAUCACCCAUCAUUAAAAAAAAUAUAUCUUUCCUUUCUUCACUAACAUAGUCCUUACCAAAGAUGAAUAUUUUUGCUGAAUUCACUGCAUCGUGAGUGAUGUACCCAGCCUGUUUACUGAUCAAAAAUUGAUUCACACAGUAGUGAUGCCCUUCCCAAUAGUUGAAGGGAGCAGAGUCACCACCAAUACCACCAUUUUUAUGUUUAUGUUGUAUUUUAAAUAUAUGGUUUCUCUGAGUGACUCCUGAUGGAAACAAUAAAAGCUAUAUCUAAAUGGACAGUUCUGAGGUUAUUACUUGUAAACCAAUGAUUAAAGAAGAACUGCAUGGAGAGUUACGCCAGUAACAAACAACAGUUCAAUUUCCCAUUGCUCCUUUCUGCUGGGAAUGAGUCAUUCCAGAGUGCCACACGUUUGUGAAAAGUGGGCUUUGUUUAUGGAUCUCUCGAAGCUGUUCUGAGAAUAUGAAUUCUGCAGUUUGUUAUGGGCAAAGUUGCUGACCACUGCCACCUACAGGUAGUAUGUGUUCUCACCUGUUUUGACUCAGGAUGUUACUGUCCAACAGUUGGUACCUGUACUCACUGGCCUUCAGACACGUACUUGCC